AGUUACAAUGUUUGCGUUGCGUGGGCAUUUGCGUUACUACUUUGGUAAUCGUUACUGUGUGCAUAAUCGAAAAUGCUCGCAAAAAGCGAAAACUGGCAUAAUGUUGCUAAACAUGGGUGGCCCGGAAACUACAAAGGAAGUACAAAAUUUUUUAACACGUCUAUUCUCUGACAACGAAAUUAUCCGUAUGCCGUUCCAAGAUAUUUUAGCUCGUUUCGUAGCAUGGAGAAGGUCACCUAAGAUCGAGAAACAGUAUUCUCAUAUUGGUGGUGGGUCACCAAUUCUAUAUUGGACCAAAGUACAGGGUGAAAUGAUAAUAAAACACUUAGAUGCUAUUAGUCCAGAAACAGCUCCUCAUAGAUUCUACGUUGCAUUUCGUUAUGUCCAUCCUCUUGUAGAAUCUUGCGUUAAUGAAAUAGAAAGAGACGGCGUAGAGCGUGUUGUUGCUUUUAGUCAGUAUCCACAGUACAGCUGUACUACUUCGGGAAGCAGCUUAAAUACCGUUGUUCGUCAUUACGAAAGUGAAGAAAAAAUUUUCAAUGGAGUGGAAAGUAUUGAGCUUCCUUCCGUACAGAACAAUAGACCUGGACCGAUCUGGUCCUUUAUUGACAGAUGGCCUGUUUUCCCCCCGCUAAUUAAGAGUUUUGCCAGUAAAAUUCGUGAUGAGCUCAAGAGUAUUGAGGAUGAAACAGAGCGUGCGAACACCGUCCUAAUUUUCAGUGCACACUCGAUUCCAUUAUCUGUCGUCAAUCGCGGUGAUCCUUAUCCUCAGGAAGUAGGUGCCACUGUUCACGCAAUCAUGAAACAACUCAAUUUCUCAUGGCCUUAUCGUCUUACAUGGCAAUCUAAAGUUGGUCCAGCUGCUUGGUUAGGUCCAUCAACAGAAGACACUCUAUAUGGGUUGAGUCGUUUGGGAUAUCGACAUGCACUCUUAAUUCCUGUCGCAUUCACUCUAGAUCAUAUAGAAACCCUUUAUGAAAUGGACAUAGAAUAUUGCUCUGAAGUAGCGGCCAAAGCCGGUAUGGUUUCUGUACGCAGAUCACAAUCACUGAAUGGUGACCCUGCAUUCGGUCAAGGCCUAGCUGAAUUAGUCCUAGAUCACCUUCGUCGGGGUGAUCCAUGCUCGAAACAGUUCAUGCUUCGCUGUCCAAUGUGUACUAACCCAUCUUGUGAACGUACCAGGAAGUUCAUUAUGGCCCAAAAAGAACGAGUACGUGACUGGACAACUCUGCACUUGUCAAACAAUAACAUAAUAGAUGAUAAAUUGGAUGUAUUCAAUGGAUGAUGAAUUCCACGAUAUAUUGAUGGUUGUUCAUCAAAUUUCUGUAAUAUAAUAUUAUUCAUAUUUGUACGAUUUGGUGAUAAAUCGGAUGAACUUGAUGACCAAUGAUUUGGUGAUUCACUUUCAUCGGAACCCAUUAUAUUUGAAUUAGUUAUAAUAUGAUUAAUAUGUGUACUAUUACUAAUUUUAUUAUUAAAAUUAUAAUCAACUUUCAAUAAUGAAUCUUUGAGUAGUUCAACUUUAACAUCAUUACUAUUCGUAUUAUUGUUUGUAUUAUUAGUAAAUGAAUCUAAAUUAUCCGGUUUAUUGAAUGUUUGAUGAGUUUGAAUAGAAUUCAAUAUUGUGUUAUUAGUAUUAUUAUUGUCAAUAUUAUUAGUAUUAGUAUUCAACAGAGCAAGAGAUGGAGGUGUACGGUUAGUAUUAUUAUUAUCAUUAUUAUUGUUAGUAGUAGUGACAUCAUUAGUAGUAAUGAGUUUUGUAGUUAAUUCACUCCCCGGUGAGUAUUGUGAUGCCGACAACAAGUCAAAUGUAUUGUUAAACAUUGAUGACGAUGAUGUAGCUACUGUUGUUGUCAACCCAUAUGUCUCGAUAAAUUUCGGUGAUGUUGUCGCCGUAGUAACACCAAUAGUACUAAUAGUUGUCGUUGUUGUCAUAAUGCAAUGAACACUUCGACUCUUUGGACACUUCUUCUCAUUCAUGUCUUUCACAGCUGAUUUCAUCAUUGAAUAAUACUGGGAUGCUGCAUUCCCAGUUGACAGUUUAUGGGUAAUAGACUCCGUAUCAUAAUAGGUCAAUUGAUGUUGAUUGUUAUUGUCAUAUAAUUUUGGAGUUGGAAAAUAUGAACAAUAGGAUUGCUCCAUUGAUGUUAUUCUUGGCAACGUAGAGUUUGUAUUUGUGUCUGUUGUUUCUGUUGUCAAUGUUUUUGAAGUGAAUAAAUCAUGCUUUCUAGUUAAUUUGUUUAGAUUUCCACUUGUACAAUAUUCAGUAUUUGAAUUGACAGUAUAUUCAUCUAAUAAAUUAACAAUCUCAUAAUGUCCACCUAAAUAAGCUAAAUCUCUGGGUGUACGAUCUAAAUAAUCAGCUAAAUUUAAAUUAGCUCCACUUAACAAUAAUAAACGACAACUUUUCACAGCACCUUCUCUACAUGCCAAAGCUAAUGGAGUUUCUUCAUGUAAUGUUUGCGCAUCUACAGUUGCACCAGAAUUACAUAAACUAUGAAUGAUAUCCGAUUGAUCUGUUACAGCUGCCCAGUGUAAUGCUGUACGUCCUAAACUAUCUGAAGUAUUAAUGUCAAGAAAAUUUAGAGUACUCUCUUCGUAGUUGAAUUCUACACCACCGUUAACUGUUGGUGUAGUGGUCGUUGUUGGUGGGGAUAAUGAUGCUACUGCUCCAGUUGAUAAUGAUGAUGAUGUAGAUUGAAUAUGAAGUAAAUCAGUUGAUGUUCCAAUCAUAUCAUAACUUGUAUACUCUUGACUACGUGAUAUAUUAGUCUUUGUCAAUGCACAAACUAAUACAUUCAUCGCAUGUAAUAGCAUAUUGAAUAUGU